UUGCCCGUCUCCAACUCCCGCCCCGCCCCCCUACCUGCAGCACAGACGCACAAAGUCGAGUUUGACAAGUUUGACAAGUUUUCGCUUUGAGCUCGUGUCCUUGUUUCAUGAAACACGCAUCGAUUUAAGUGGAAAGACCAAAACCCUCCAGACGCCCAUGCUCUGCGGUUUUGUUCAGAAGCAGCGCUGGGUUUUUUUUCUUGCUAAAACCAGCGAUGCGAAACAACACCGGUGUGAAAUAGACACAUCCUGGUUGUUUGAUUUUCUUUUCUCUUACGAGAGGCCAUGGCCGUGCAGGAGAACCCGGCCGCGUGUGUCGGCUCCGGGAGAGUGAGCAUUGUCCGACAACUGAUCAUCAUGUUCGGGAUCAAUCCUGUAGCCCUGGCUUAUGCCAUGACCACCCUGGGCUCCACCAUGAUCAACAGCAUAUUCAGCUUCUACUAUGUCAAACUCUUCCUCAACAACUACAAGAUCUCAGAGGGAGCGUUCCAGCAAUCACAGGUGAUGUACAUGGUUUGGAAUGCGAUCAAUGACCCACUCUUCGGCUACCUGCAAGAUAACUCCCGGGUGGCCUGCUGCUCUCAGCGACGACUCUCCAUCCUUUACGGAGCUCCCUUCUACUCCCUGUCAUUCCUUAUAGCCUGGUUCCCGUGGCGAAACUAUGCCCCUAACGACUGGUUGAGUGGCUUACAUUUGAUGGUGGCGCUGUGUGCGUUUGAUGCCAUGUUGACUUUUGUGCUGCUGGCACAAUGUGCCUUGUUUGCAGAGAUUUCCAGCCACCAUCAGAAUCGACUAAGACUUAUAAAGUACUGCCAGGUGGCAUCUCUCAUUGGCUCCUCCAGCGUCCUUUUCUGUGGUAUGCUGUCCAAAAACAUGGAGGACUUUUCAGCAUUCCAAGCCUUCACGGUGUUCAUUGCUGUCAUAAGCUGUGGCUGCAUGCUCUAUACAGGCAUCUACGUUGAGAGCCGCUUCGAUAACAAAGGGUCUAAAACAGAAGACCCUGUGUGUGGUGACCAGACAUGCAAUCAGUCAGUGUUUGCUAUGUACCCGCUAACGACAUUGAUGUUGCAAAUCCUGGCCAAUCGGGACUUUCAGCUUUUUGUGCUCAUGAACUUCUUCCAGGUUUUCAUGUUGGCUUUCUUCAGCAAUUUCACUAUGAUAUUUGCUGAGCACUUGAUUCCUCCAGAUGUGCUUCCAUCUCUGGCCAAGAGCAUCAUGUAUGGAGCGGGAUUCAUCUGUCCACAGUUGUUAGUAUUGAGCUGUCAGAGUCUGCUGCACAACCUUGGCUACUACAGGAUCAUCCUCUUCACCUUCUACAUAGAGGCUGUAAUGGCGGCUAUCAUGCUAAUACUCGGUCCUCAGCACUACUAUUUCCUGGCCUUUUUCCUUACUGUUAACAUGGUCAUGAUUCAGGCAUCCUUCAGUCUUUUCGGCUUGCCUUUGGCUGACAUCAUCGACACAGACCUGCAGAGGCACAACCGCAGUUCCCCACUCUCCUCAAUGGUGUUUGGGACAAAUGCUCUGUUCACCAAGCCUGGUCAGUCUCUAGCCCCGAUGUUAGUGCUCAGCCUCCUCAACCAGUUUGGAUAUGAACAGCUGAAGGAAGAAGGAGGGAAUGCAGAUCCAAGCGCCCUGGCGAGCCUCCACAAUGUGAUGUUCUACUUGGUGUGUCUGGUGCCAAUGUGUAUUGCUUGUUUGCAAGUCCUGGCUUGGAGGCCUUUUUCCAUUCGCAACAGUCACACAGUAGAAACAAAGUACAUUGACAACUAAUGUUUCAGAGGUGGCUGUGAUGUACAUUUCUUUAGCUGGGAUUUGGGGGAUUUCUUUAUUAUUGAGUGAGAGCUGAUGAGAAAUGAAUGUGCAAAUUAUUAAAUAUGUGCGAGAAACCAGGGUUCAUCUGAUGCACUUUAUGGAUAGAUACUGUAAAUACACUUGUAAAUCAUCUCUGUGCAGAAAUUGGUUAUACAGCCAGCAGUAACCACAUUCAACCACAAUAAAUUCAAUGACAAAUACAAAUACAUCACAAUGAAUCAUUUAAAAGACCAAUGGCUGCAGGGACAAAUUAAAUUUAAAUCUAUUAAUUCUGCGUGUCGACAGAUAGACACAACAAAACCUCCCAAUACAGUGGGUGGCCAGGAUCAUCUUAGAUUGUUCUUUAAAUUCUUGUCCAUGUUCGGGUGAUAAAGGUCCAGUCGGGUUUUUGAUUCAGUGCAUUGCCAUUUUGCAGCACGCGCACACAGGUGAAAUCUAUCAUGUUUCAUCACUCUUAAAUCCAUGUAUAUGAUCGAGAAAAACUAAAAGCACAAUUUUUAACCAGGCUACACUCAAUCAAAUGUGAUCUGUGAGCAAAUGCCGGCAGCAUCACAUUCCAUAAAUGAGUAGAUUGCUCCACAAGUUAUGGAUUUGGUGAAUGGAACAUGUUUGUUUUCUAAUUCCGUCAAAGUUUACAGUUACCUCAGCUUCGUUUUACCUGAAGAAGUCGAAGUGAACAAAGCGUUAUGAACAUGACAUUAGAUGUUCUUUGCUGUAAGCAUGGGCAGAGGCACACAUCGUAGCUUUAACUCCAGCCUCGCUCAAAUCAGCCUGAUGACAUGUAUUUAUAUGUACAUCUGUGUUUCAGAGGUUCAGUUUAGAUGGUAAUGAAGGAGAAGAGGCGUUUAACUGAGGAUGUUUGUUUCGAUGGUUAAAAACCUCAGUGUCACCUUGGUCUUUUUAAGAAUGUCUGAAUAAUGUUAUCUGGAUGGAUCCAGAUUCUGUGGGUAUUUGCAAUGAAAAGAAAAAGAUGAGUAGAGUGUGUUUCCACAAAGCCUCAAACCAAUGACUACCUGUAAAUGUCUUAUUGGUUGACAGGUGACUUUUUUAAUGAACCACUUCAAGACCUCUGCUGUUUCAACAUAGUGUUUUCUGAUCUACAUUGAAUGUACGCUUGUCUGUAAUAUGCCUUUUGAAUUUUCUAUGUUCACUUUACAUCUUGCAUCUUUUGGUUUGGUUUCCAUAAUUUGUGAUAAAAUGUAUUUCUACAGAGCUAUAAGCUGAAUGUGAAACACGAUUUAUUAUUUUAGAUGUUUGCAAGGUGGUGAUUUAAUUUUGUGUCAAAAAGGUGAAUGAUUAAAGAAUUUUGAUAUAAAGACA